AGGUGGGAGUAAUAAAUAGAAGGCAAGGCAAGGCGUGUAGUUUUUCAAAGAAAGCAACUCUCCUCUGGCCUCUGCCUAUAUAUAUCCCACCUCUGCCCCAACACAACCAACUCCUCUGUUUUGAGAUAUGGAGGGCAGCGACAGUACUAGCUCUCAAUCUCCAUCCCCAUCCGUGGUGAUGAGCCCUUGCGCCGCCUGCAAGAUCCUGCGGCGGCGCUGCAUCGAGAAAUGCGUGCUGGCGCCUUACUUCCCGCCGCACGACCCGCUGAAAUUCACGACCGCUCACCGCGUGUUCGGCGCCAGCAACAUAAUCAAGUUCCUGCAGGAAGUCCCCGAGGCGCAGCGGGAGGACGCGGUGAGCAGCAUGGUGUACGAGGCCAACGCGAGGCUGCGGGACCCCGUCUACGGCUGCGCCGGGGCCAUAUGCCACCUGCAGAAGCAGGUCGCCGACCUGCAGGAGCAACUGGCCAAGGCGCAAGCCCAGAUUGUCAACAUGCAAUGCCACCACUCCAAUCUCAUGGCUCUCAUCUGCAUGGACAUGGACAUGGACGACUUCUCCUGUAGCCCCCACACAGACACCAACAAUCUCUUGGACCCACUCUGGAUCAUCUAAUUUCUGACCUAGGAUUCUUCAAUUCGGAGCAAAUCUCACCUACUAAUACUGUUAUGGGAUAAAUAAUUAAUCUUGUGACAUAUAUAGGUAAUUAAUUGAGUGAGUAUUUGUGUCUGUCAUGAUUGUAUUCAACCUCUUGUUCCUACCAUGUUAUCUUAUCAUAUCAAUUAUCAGGAGGGGAGAUGUCACUGUCUAAUUCUCCAUUGUCAA